ACGUUCCGGGAGGCGGGCAUCUUGGCCCAGCCGGUCCCAGCAGCCAACUCAGGCCUGGGCCAGCUCCGCCCCAAGCAGCAGCUGGGCUGCCACACCCUGCGCCGAGCUAGGUUCCUGCGGGCCAGAAGCCUCGCCCCCCGACGACGUUCCAGAGGCUCUGCGGCUGCCGCCCCACCCAGCCAGGCCUCACCACCCGGAUCGUGCCCGGCCAGCUCGCAGCCCGUAGUGACUUCCCCGGGACCAUGCUGCGCUGGCUGCGGGCCUUCGUGCUGCCCACCGCCGCCUGCCAGGACGCGGAGCCGCCCACGCGCUACGAGACGCUCUUCCGGGCGCUGGACCGCAAUGGGGACGGCGUGGUGGACAUCGGAGAGCUGCAGCAGGGGCUGCAGAACCUGGGCAUCCCACUGGGCCAGGACGCCGAGGAGAAAAUUUUUGUUGCCGGUGAUGUCAACAAAGAUGGGAAGCUGGAUUUUGAAGAAUUUAUGAAAUAUCUGAAAGACCAUGAGAAGAAAAUGAAGUUAGCAUUUAAAAGUUUGGACAAGAAUAGUGAUGGGAAAAUCGAGCCUUCUGAAGUUGUCCAGUCUCUCAAGAUGCUGGGUUUACAUAUUUCUGAAGAUCAAGCAAAACUGAUUCUUCAAAGCAUUGACUCGGACGGGACAAUGACAGUGGACUGGAACGAAUGGAGGGACUACUUUUUAUUUAACCCUGUUACGGACAUUGAAGAAAUUGUCCGUUUCUGGAAACACUCGACGGGAAUUGACAUAGGGGAUAGCUUAACUAUUCCGGACGAGUUCACAGAAGAUGAGAGGAAAUCAGGACAGUGGUGGCGGCAGCUUCUGGCAGGAGGCGUGGCUGGCGCAACCUCUCGAACAAGCACUGCUCCCUUGGAUCGACUCAAGGUCAUGAUGCAGGUUCAUGGUUCCAAAUCAAUGAAUAUAUUUGGAGGCUUUCGGCAGAUGGUGAAGGAAGGAGGAAUCCGUUCCCUUUGGAGAGGAAAUGGCACAAAUGUCAUUAAAAUUGCUCCCGAGACAGCUGUUAAGUUCUGGGCUUAUGAACAGUACAAGAAGCUGCUUACUGAAGAAGGACAAAAAUUAGGAACCUUUGAGAGGUUCGUUUCUGGUUCCAUGGCUGGGGCAACUGCACAGACUUUUAUCUAUCCCAUGGAGGUUCUGAAAACCCGGCUAGCUGUAGCCAAAACUGGACAAUACUCUGGAAUAUAUGGCUGUGCCAAGAAGAUUUUGAAACAGGAAGGCUUUGGGGCUUUUUACAAAGGCUACGUUCCCAACUUACUGGGCAUCAUUCCUUAUGCAGGCAUCGAUCUCGCUGUGUAUGAGCUUUUGAAGUCUUAUUGGCUGGAUAACUUUGCAAAAGACUCUGUCAACCCCGGUGUGGUGGUGCUACUGAGCUGUGGGGCCCUGUCCAGCACCUGUGGGCAGCUGGCCAGUUACCCUCUGGCUUUAGUGAGGACUCGAAUGCAGGCGCAAGCCAUGGUAGAAGGGGCCCCGCAGCUGAGCAUGGUUGGCCUUUUUCGGCGAAUAGUCUCCAAAGAAGGAGUGUCAGGACUUUACAGAGGCAUCACCCCAAACUUCAUGAAGGUGCUCCCUGCUGUCGGCAUCAGCUAUGUGGUGUAUGAAAAUAUGAAGCAGAUGCUAGGAGUAGCUCAGAAGUGACGUGUCCAAGCCUUCUUUUCCAUGAUGACCAAAGCUGUCAGCGCUCUCCAAUGUCUUCUGGGAUUGCAGCAAGUCCCUUGCAAAAGAAGCUGUUUUCCCCCAGCCAAAGGGAAGAGAAUGUGCAAUCACUUCAAGCAUUUGGGCUCAGUUUUAUAUCUUCAGUCAUGUUCAAAAUCAUAGUUCAAUAAGUGUUGAAGAAGUCACAAAAUUGUACUUUAUAUUUGCCGAUAAAGAUCCGUGCCUUGCACCCUAAAUCUGAAAAUGUACUUGCUUAAGCUGAAAUCAUUUUGUGUGGUAGAAUUAUAAAUCACUAAUCUUUGUUCUGAUUGGUCCAAGUUUAUGUCAAUUUGUUUAGACCCAUUUUUUUUUUUAAAC